CGGGCGGGAAACAAACCGACCGACCGGCUGAGGGGGCGAGGGGGCUUGUUUGUGCUGCUCUCUGGCCGCGCACCGCCACCGGGGUCCUGCUCGACACUGAUUCGCGGGGCAACAUAAUAUCGGGCGGCUGACGGCACAAAGCAUCAUGAAGGUUAAAGGUCACACAACAUGAGGAGACAGGAUCAUCAGGACCUUGCCCAUUGAACGUUUUUUUAAGGCACUAAAAAUGCCAGCGGACCUGAUUGAUGUUCUGGACUGUCUCAACCGCCGCCUGAGAAUGUCAACAACCGGUCCUUUCAACACUUUCGAUCACUGACCAUGAUCAUGACCCACCCACACCCGUGCACCUCCUCAACUGCGGAUGCCUGGUCGUGUCCCAUCAAACCGUCCAACCAGAAGCCCUUCAUGAGACGUCCCAACUUCCUGCUCCAUUCCUCAUCGCCAGCACCAGUGUCUUGGCUGCGACGGAGCUGACAUGGAAAACCACAGUGCGGGAUGGUGGCAGGAGCCUGACAGAUGCGAGCCUGAGAUGAUACCCAGACUAAAGUGCCUGACUUAGGUAUGAAUAGUCAACUGGUAGCUGUACAGCUGGUGGAAAGGUGAUACAUCUGUGACGCUGCAGCAGUGGAAACACUGGACUCUCUGUGUCGGGGUUUAACUUCACAAAAGACAAAACAGCACGAUGAUGAUGGAACAGAUAGUGAUUCUAACAUUACUGUACUGCACUACUAACUGGACGGUUGCUGAUGACAAGCCAGGACUUGAUCGAAGAGGAGCACGAAGGAGAGGAGGAGAGUGGAAAUGGUUUAUCCGGAGAAAAAUCCCUCUGGUGGCGAGAGGUCUCACGCAGUGACUGUCGGGAGACCUAGAAGAGUUACCGGUCCGCAGACUGAGCCAGGUUCACUGGCCACCAUCACCCUGAUCCCUUGUGUCUACUCUUGUGGAAAUGCAUGACUGCCAGAGGACGUUCUUGCAUUUAAACAUGAGCCACGGUCUCAUAGUGCUGCAUUCUGAAUCCCAUUAACACCUCCGCUGACAUCAGAGCGCCCCACCGAGGAGCCGAUUCCACUCAUCGCUCUUCCAUCCCCUUGCUAGAGCUAAAAUUCACUGAGAAGCUCCUUCCGCUCACCUUUUUGACAGCCGCUGCUAUGGAGAACCUCAGUGAGCUCCAGAACCCGUUGCUGGACAAAAACAGUAAGCACAUGGUGAACGGUUACGGGGGAGACUUCCCUAAUAACCAGUACCAGGAAAACAUCAUUAAUUAUUUUGCUGGUGGAGGUGAGGGAGGAGGAGGAGGAAAGGUGAAUAACAGCAACGUAGUGAGCGGAGGAGGUUACAAUACCAACGGGAAGGUGAAAUCUCAGCAACUUUUGGACGCCACCUCGCUGCAUCUGGCAGUCGAGGCCUUCUACAGGCCCAACUUCAUCCUAUACAAGGAGGACAGUGGCAGCAUCAAGGCUAAGGAAUACAAAAGUGAGUGCUGUGAGACCACCUUCACGGAGAAGAAGGCGAAGGAGACGUCCAGCACAACGGGGGCGGAAACACCCGGCACGGAGGAUCCUCAGGCAAAGCUGCUGGAGGACGGCGAACACGUCAAGAUCCAAACGGUUUCCUACGAGGUGGAGGAGGAGGAGUAUGUGGAGUACGAGACGGACUGCUCCAGCGACAGCGAGAGCGAGGACAACUUCAUUGUCGUCCCUCCACGAGAUCACCUGGGCCUGGCCAUCUUCUCCAUGCUCUGCUGUUUCUGGCCCCUGGGGAUCGCAGCCUUUUACUUCUCGCAGGGGACCACCAAAGCGGUGAACAAAGGUGACUUCCCCCUGGCCAACAUCGCCUCCCGACGGGCUUUGUUCCUCGCUGCCCUCUCCAUCACUAUAGGCACUGGUGUGUAUGUGGGGGUGGUGGUAGCCCUCAUUGCCUACCUUUCUAAACCGGGACACAUAUAGCAGCUGCAACUUCCCCCCACACACCUCCGGGGAGCCCAGGAAGAGAACAACGCCCUCUGGGGAACUGCACUGCUCCUGCAGACUUUGAGGAAAGUUUUUUGGGGGAUGUACAGUUUUUUUUUCCCCUCCACCUUCCUUUCUUUCCAGCCUUCUCUCCCUACAGGCGUUCCGUCAGCCAAGAUUAGCCACAGUGACUGGAGAGAGGUCAAGAUGGAGGGUAAGAAGAGGGGGAAUUGGGGAUAGUCAACAUUUUUAUUGUUGUUGUUAAAAUAGGGUUUGAGUAAUGGAAGUAAUCCCUGUUGGAGCCCAGUUUCCAUCCCAUCGACUUAAGUCGGCUUCAUCAGGUUUUGGCUGGUUUUGAACUUCUAAGACUCGGACAGAAACGUUGAGACGAUGACUCCUGCAACUUAAGUAAUUAUUAAACAGCAGAGUUCGCAGAUGGUUAUAAAUACAAAAUCAGUCUUCAAGCAACUCCAUGUUAUUGUUAUUUGCGCUGCUGUUAAAACUGGAGCCCGUCUGUGGAGUCCUGUAGCCUGUCGUCUGAGUUUGCCACCAAGGACUGUCUUGAAUAGACCAUGCUCGGCCCUCAUCCACUCCAAAGACUGGGACUCCAUUUGUCUCUGUGCUGACUGCCUCACAGUGGAAGAUAAUAAUAAAAAAAAACAACUUCAUGCACAGUUUCUUAAAUCAUGACAAAGGAGGGCUUUCAUUGUUUGAGAGAGAAAAAAAAAUACAGAACUACUGAAAAUAGUUCCAUCUAUGAAGAAUAAAAGUGUGAGGGGAUGAAAAAAAAAAAUGGCCACGUCCAGCCAGGGACAGAGGCUGUUUUCCUACUGAACAAUACGCACCGGCAUGAAUUACAAGAAACUUAACGGAGCCGCAGACCCGUAUUUUACCUCGGAGACAAUGUCCACCAAUUAAACAUGCGCCCUGAAGUCUUACAAACUCUGAUUGUGCCAGAUAUAGUUUUGCCUACAUACAUGUGCUUUGUUUUUACGUUUGUCAUUUGUUUGUCGCCUUGAUUACUCUCAUUUUUAAAGAAUGUUCAUUUUUACGGCCGCUGAAGUAAAUCCCCGAUGUCGAGGUGGCCAGAUGGUCAGAAAUUCAGUGGCAAAUGGAGUCCAGUGUCUCCCAAAAAACGCUGCAUCUGGUAACGUGGAAUGAAAUGAAGCAUCAGCCGCUCACAAUGGGCGUGGAAGUUGCACUGUAAAUCAGGUAGAUGGUGGCAUUAAAAGGCGGCCUUACAUAUCCUCCAGGGCUGCACACAUAAACAAAGUGUCGCAGUCUGACAGCUCUGAAUGUAGCUGUAAUAAAUUAUUCUUUGCAUGCGUCUACUUAUGCCGGCAGUACACUGCAAUGCAUGAUUGAACGGAUUUAGAGCUUUUUUGUCAGAUCAUAAAAAAAGCUUAAAUUGAAAUUGAUCAGGACGCGAAGGGGCUCACAUUUUGUGCUAUGCUUUAACCCAUAUUCCUCAGUUCAGUUAUUAAACGGAGGACAAUUCAUGGUAAUCAAGUGUUGAGACAGGAUUUCAAGAAUUCACUGAGAGUGCUUGUAUGAAGGGCUUAUUAAUUACCGAAAUUGUGACUGAUUUAUUUUUUUCUAUAUUGUAGAUUAUACACCAGACAGAUGCUAUAGUUCAAAGAGUGAAGCCUCAAGAGGUGACGUUAUACAGUAAGUUUGCCUGCACAGGUCCUGCAUUCCUCAUACCUGACAUUUAUGGUGCACAAUUAGUUCCCAGUAAUGGAUUUUUCUGAAGGAAUGUGUACUCUCUGGAGCAUAGCCCUAAAAUAGCACAACCACAUUAGUUUCAAUAAUAAGCCACUUUUGACGUCACUGGUUCCUGUCAUCCCCUGGAAGAAAACAAUCCAUUCACACAUCCUCGGCCCUAUGAACGUUUUAAAAUAAACAUGUUCGUCAGUUCCGUGCUAAUGAAGAUUGAAUAUCGCCUAUGUUCGCCACAAGGGGAAGUUCCCACUGUGCUUUGCUUUGAAUAAACCUGCAGCUAACACUUAGGUGUUUGUUUGAAUUUCAGUUCAAACAGUUGUCUUUUGAUUAGAGGCAGUCUGAUAGAAACCACAAUAAGCUGAUUGCCGAUGGAUUUUAUGGGUAUUUGUUGGGAACCCCUACGAUUUACCUCAUUGAGUUUCUGGUCAUCCGAGGACCUGUUUAUUACACUGUAUAUGUUUGGCCCCUCUGACCUUUAACCCCUUCUGAACAGAUGUUCCAGUGGUAACUCAUGAGCUACUGAUCCCAGGUACAGUGUAUGCACACAUCUUGACCAUCACUGUACCGAUGAUGAUAUUUUUGCUUUCAUAUCUUGGAGAAACCUUAAUCGCUGAUAACGAUGAACAUGCUUUGCGUUUCGUAGCGCAUCAUUACACUGAUGUUUUAAUCUGGCUUCUUCGGCAACAUGGUGUUGUUCAAUAUGUUACAACAGUACGUUGGUCUCAAUGCAGUUGUUUUUUCCUUCUCAUUGUGAUGAGCUGAUGUACUAAUCCAUGCAACAAAAGGUAUUUGCUUAAUUCAUUCCUUGAUGCCAGGGUGAUAGUUCUUUCUUUGUGUCGUGCCCUUAAGCCGAAUUUAUGAAGAGCAUUUUUUUGGGAUUUAUUUAUUUUCAUAUUUUCUGUGAAGGCAACAUGUACAUAAUGCAAAUAAAGACAUGUUCAAAUGUAAUGACGAAUAAAUCAGAAAGGAAGGGUGGCCUUCCUAAAAAGCAAA